UGUGUGAGCGACAAACACUUAAAAAAAGCGUUUUCUUUUUGUUUGAAGAUGAAUCGAAGAUUGAUACUGCAGUUAAGUAGUGCGACUGGAUCUGCUGUUCUUGGUCUGAUGGCCUAUAAAGGCGUUCGUUGGAGGUUUCAGUCAAAUACCGGAACUGUUUUCGCAGACAACAAAGCGGUUGAUGUUGAGCGCGAAGUUGAUAACGAAAUCGAAAGUGAGCUGACGUUAAAACAGGUGCAGAUUUUCUUUCGUCACGGAGCACGGACCCCUUUGAAAACCAUACCAAAUGUUGAACAGGCCAAUUAUGAAGUUCGGCUCUUCCUAGCAGGGGUACCACAUACUCUGUACAAUUACACUCUACGUGAUUUGACUGGAGGAGGAGCAAGACCAGAAUCUUCUCUGGAGAAGCAUUACAGGAAACACACACUUAAAGGCGGAGCUUACAUUGGUCAACUGACCUGUCUAGGACAAGACCAGACUUACAUGCUUGGGAGGCGGAUACGGAGGCGGUACCUAGACAAGUUUGGACUAAUCAGUGAUCAGUAUGACCCUGACAGUAUUCUCCCACAUUCGACAAACACACAGAGGACAAUAGAUUCAUUAAGGUGUGUAGUGGCAGGAAUAUACGGAGCUGUCCAUUUAAAGAAAGCAGGCAAUGUGGUUCUCUACACUCAGGAUAUAGGAAAGGAGUACCUCUUUCCCAAUGGACAUCACUGUGACUUUCUCAAGAAACUUACGCACAAAACGCUGACGAACUACGGGAACAUACCCGGAGUGAAGGAGGAGAGGCUUAAACUUGAGCAAGUUCUGGGGAUUGACUCGAGUUUAGACCCCAAGGAGCAAGUCUGUAUGGUUGAUGUCCGGGAUGAUAUUGUGUGCCGUAAGAGCCAUGGAUUCCAAGUCCCAGAGAAAUUGCGAGAGUUUGAGGAGAUUGUGGAGCGUUACGCUGUAGGGAUGGUUGUUUAUGCUAACACUGGGACAGACGGAAAACUACGGGAGGAGGUGGUCAAACUGGCCAUGGGGAGAUCACUCUUCAUGGUGAUUCAGAAAAUAGAGGGCGCUGUCAAAGGUGAAAAGGGCCCUAAGAUGAUGUUGUACAGUUGCCAUGACACCAGCCUCAUUCCACUUCUGGUUGCUAUGGGGAUAUAUGAUGGAAAAUGGCCGCCAUUUGCAGCAGAUAUAGCAAUAGAGUUAUACGAGGACAAAAAGGGUGAACACUGGGUUAAAGUCCAGUAUCUAGGGGAGGACAUGACAGAGCGAGGUUUUGGUUCUCCAGUUGUUAGCGUCAGUCAGAUGAAAAGUGCAUUAUCAAAGUACAUGGUAGACAACAAAAGGCAUAAAGAACUGUGUGGAGCGACUUUUCCUGCACAACUCCAAGCCCCCAGUGACCUGAACUUACCAGAAGGAUCUCUCUUACCCGACCACCAAGAAACAAAAGAGGAGUCUGCUGAAGCAGAUGAAAAAGCUGAGCGACCCGCAGGAAUGUAAAAACACCCCACAGAAACUAAAAACAAACCCCUGGGGUUAAGCCAAGGUUCAAGGUCACAUUUUGGAUCACGUACAGAAAUGGGCAGCAUAGUAAUUUUGUUGUUGGCGAACGACAUUCAUCACAUAUUUGAAUAGAAAGAAAUGACCUGUGGCCUAUCCAAGACAUUUAACUUGCACUGUGAUGACCCAUAACUGAAUGCUGGGUAAUUGUUUCACAAAAAUACAUAGUGCUGUUCACUAUAGUGCCCAAAUCUAAAUUUUAUAAUUUCAAUUCUCACAUUUACAGAAAACCAAAUUUUGUAUGAAGUCUAAUGUUCUGGAAUUACCAUAAAGUGUAUACUAAUUCUUAUGUACUAGAAUUCACUAAAAAACAAAAAACAACCCCAAAGGUAAUUCUAAUAUUCCAAGCUUCACUAAAUCCUGAAGGUAACUCUUGUUUUCAGGGAUUCCCUAAAGCCCAGAUCUAAUUCUGUACAGGGAUUCUCUACAGCCUGAAUCUAAUUUUGUUCAUGGAUUCCCCAAAACCCAAGGCUGACUUUGUUCGGGGGCUCCCUUAAGCCCAAAUUUAGCUUUGUACAGGGCCGGAUUCCUAAAGCCCAAAUCUGACUUA